GUCGCGCGAGCGGGCGGGAGCGCGGCGGCGGCGCAGGAUGAACAGCAUCAAGAACGUGCCGGCGCGGGUGCUGAGCCGCAGGCCGGGCCACAGCCUGGAGGCCGAGCGCGAGCAGUUCGACAAGACCCAGGCCAUCAGCAUCAGCAAAGCCAUCAACACCCAGGAGGCCCCGGUGAAGGAGAAGCAUGCCCGCCGCAUCAUCCUGGGCACUCACCACGAGAAGGGCGCUUUCACUUUCUGGUCCUACGCCAUCGGCCUGCCGCUUGCCAGCAGCUCCAUCCUCAGCUGGAAGUUCUGCCACGUCCUUCACAAGGUCCUUCGAGAUGGGCACCCCAAUGUGUUGCACGAUUGCCAGCGGUACCGGAGCAACGUUCGGGAGAUUGGAGAUCUGUGGGGGCACUUGCAUGACCGGUACGGACAGCUGGUGAGCGUCUACACCAAGCUCCUACUGACCAAAAUCUCCUUCCACCUCAAGCACCCCCAGUUUCCCGCAGGCUUGGAGGUGACAGACGAGGUGCUAGAGAAGGCAGCGGGCACGGACGUCAACAACACCUUCCAGCUCACCGUGGAGAUGUUUGACUACAUGGACUGUGAGCUGAAGCUUUCCGAGUCAGUGUUCCGGCAGCUCAACACGGCCAUCGCGGUGUCCCAGAUGUCCUCGGGCCAGUGCCGCCUCGCCCCGCUCAUCCAGGUCAUCCAGGACUGCAGCCACCUCUACCACUACACGGUCAAGCUCAUGUUCAAGCUGCACGCCUGUCUCCCGGCGGACACCCUGCAAGGCCACAGGGACCGGUUCCACGAGCAGUUUCACAGCCUCAGAAACUUCUUCCGGAGAGCCUCGGACAUGCUCUACUUCAAGCGGCUCAUCCAGAUCCCCCGGCUGCCCGAGGCACCACCCAACUUCCUGCGGGCCUCGGCGCUGGCCGAGCACAUCAAGCCGGUGGUGGUGAUCCCCGAGGAGGCGCCCGAGGAUGAGGAGCCGGAGAACCUCAUCGAGAUCAGCACAGGCCCCCCUGCCGGGGAGCCAGCGGUGGUGGCCGACCUCUUUGACCAGACAUUUGGACCCCCCAACGGCUCCAUGAAGGAUGACAGGGACCUCCAGAUCGAGAACCUGAAGAGGGAGGUGGAGAUGCUGCGGGCCGAGCUGGACAAGAUCAAGCUGGAGGCCCAGCGGUACAUCUCGCAGCUGAAGGGCCAGGUGAACGGGCUGGAGGCCGAGCUGGAGGAGCAGCGGAAGCAGAAGCAGAGGGCCCUGGUGGACAACGAGCAGCUGCGCCACGAGCUGGCCCAGCUGAGGGCUGCCCAACAGGAGGGUGCUCGCAACCAGGGCCUGCGCGAGGAGGCCGAGAAGAAGGCCAGCGCCACCGAGGCCCGCUAUAACCGGCUGAAGGAGAAGCACAACGAGCUCGUCAACACGCACGCGGAGCUGCUCAGGAAGAAUGCAGACACGGCCAAGCAGCUGACGGUGACGCAGCAGAGCCAGGAGGAGGUGGCGCGGGUGAAGGAGCAGCUGGCCUUCCAGGUGGAGCAGGUGAAACGGGCCUCUGAGAUGAAGCUGGAGGAGCAGAGCGACCAGCUAGAGAAGCUCAAGCGGGAGCUGGCGGCCAAGGCAGGGGAGCUGGUGUGCGUGCAGGAGGCCCUGAGCCGUGAGCAGCAGAGCGGGCAGGAGCUGAGCUCACGGCUGGAUGCGGUGAGCACAGAGAAGGACGCGCUGAGCAGCACCAUGCGGCAGCGGGAGGCCGACCUGCUGGAAGCCCAGAGCCUGGUGCGGGAGAAGGAGGCGGCGCUGAGCCAGGAGCAGCAGCGCAGCGCCCGGGAGAGGGGCGAGCUGCAGGGACGGCUGGCCCACAAGGAGUCCCAGGAGCAGGGGCUGCAGCAGAGGCUCCUGGAUGAGCAGUUUGCGGUGCUGCGGGGCGCGGCUGCCGAGGCCGAGCGCAUCCUGCAGGACGCCGUGGGCAAGCUGGACGACCCCCUGCACCUGCGCUGCACCAGCUCCCCGGACUACCUGGUGAGCCGGGCCCAGGCAGCCCUGGAUGCCGUGGGGGCCCUGGAGAAGGGCCACGCCCAGUACCUGUCCUCCCCUGCAGACGCCUCUGCCCUGGUGGCAGCCCUCACCCAGUUCACCCACCUCACGGCGGACACCAUUGUCAACGGCAGCGCCACUUCCCACCUGGCCCCCACCGACCCUGCUGACUGCCUGGUUGACAGCUGCAGGGAGUGCGGGGCCCGGGCCCUGGAGCUCGCGGGGCAGCUGCAGGAUCGGCAGGCUCUGCUGCAGGCCCAGCCUGACCUGGUGCGGGCCCCCUUGCGUGGCAUCCUCCAACUGGGCCAGGAGCUAAAGCCCAAGAGCCUGGAUGUGCGUCAGGAGGAGCUGGGGACCAUGGUGGACAAGGAGAUGGCAGCCACGUCUGCCGCCAUUGAGGACGCUGUCCGGAGGAUUGAGGACAUGAUGAACCAGGCGCGCCAUGCCAGCUCGGGGGUGAAGCUGGAGGUGAACGAGAGGAUCCUCAACUCCUGCACAGACCUGAUGAAGGUGAGUGGCCAGCUGGGGCCCGGGGUGGACUCUGCCCCUGGGGGGCCCACCCGGAGAGUGACCUGCACCUCGUUCUGGCAGGCCAUCCGACUCCUGGUGAUGACGUCCACCAGCCUGCAGAAGGAGAUCGUGGAGAGCGGCAGGGGGGCAGCCACGCAGCAGGAAUUUUACGCCAAGAACUCGCGCUGGACGGAAGGCCUCAUCUCGGCUUCCAAGGCCGUGGGCUGGGGAGCCUCGCAGCUGGUGGAGUCCGCGGACAGGGUGGUGCUGCACACGGGCAAGUGCGAGGAGCUCAUCGUCUGCUCCCACGAGAUCGCGGCCAGCACGGCCCAGCUGGUGGCGGCCUCCAAGGUGAAGGCCAGCAAGCACAGCCCCCACCUGGGCCGCCUGCAGGAGUGCUCCCGCGCCGUCAACGAGAGGGCCGCUGGCGUGGUGGCCUCCGCCAAGUCGGGCCAGGAGCAGAUCGAGGACCGAGACACCAUGGACUUCUCGGGGCUGUCGCUCAUCAAGCUGAAGAAGCAGGAGAUGGAGACCCAGGUGCGCGUGCUGGAGCUGGAGAAGACGCUGGAGGCGGAGCGCGUGCGGCUGGGGGAGCUGCGCAAGCAGCACUACGCGCUGGCGGGGGGCGCCCCGGGGGCGCCUGAGGAGGAGGAGGAGCCUGGCCGGCCCAGCGCUGCCCCCCGCAGCGGCACCUCCAGGAAGCCUCCCCUGGCCCAGAAGCCCAGCGUGGCCCCGAGGACGGACCAGCAGCCGCUCGACAGGAAGGAUGGCGCCCCUCAGGCCCCACUCGCGCACUACUAGGCCCCCGGGGCCAUCCGGCCGGAGGCUGCGCGCUGCCCCGACUCGGCCAAGGAGCC